UCCUACGCGACGGAGCCAUUUUCUCUUUUUUAUUCAUUUAUUUAUUUUCACACCAAAACUCACUCCUUCCUCUGUUUUAGUCUAAUCAUUCAAUGAUGUUCUACUUUCUGACUUGUUUGGUUUCUGGUCUGUGAUUCCAAUAAGCUAUGAAUGAUUGCUGAUCGGAGUAUUUUGUAGCUUGUGGAGUUACAGAUUCUACCAUUUCCAUUAGCAAAAACAUCUUCACUUGCAUAGGGUAUAUCCCCUUAAAGACUAGAAUUUGCUUUUUUGGCAAUUGAAGACAGAAAAGAGAGAAGAGUUGUUGUUGAGUGAGUGAGGGUGUGAAGUGUGUGAUGGAGAGUGGUGGUGGCAGAGAAGGUUAUGAUGGGGUGGUGAUGAUGAUGACAAGAGACCCAAAGCCGAGGCUGAGGUGGACUGCUGAUCUUCACGACCGGUUCGUCGAUGCUGUCACAAAGCUUGGUGGCCCCGAGAAGGCGACUCCCAAGUCUGUUCUGAGGUUAAUGGGCUUGAAAGGCUUGACAUUAUAUCAUUUGAAGAGCCAUUUACAGAAGUAUAGACUUGGACAGCAGGCUAGAAAGCAAAGUGACGAACACUACAAAGAAAAUAAUAGAUGUUCAUAUGUAAAUUUCAGUCAUCGUUCUUCAGGGCCUAAUACCAGUUACAGUUACAGAGGUGAUAAGGAAGAUAAUGAAGGGGGAGAAAUCCCAAUAGCAGAAGCACUGAGAUGUCAGAUUGAAGUUCAAAAGAGAUUGGAAGAGCAGCUUGAGGUACAGAAGAAAUUGCAGAUGAGAAUAGAGGCCCAAGGGAAGUAUUUGCAAGCUGCAUUAGAGAAAGCCCAGAGGAGCAUCUCCCUGGAUGGAUCAGGCACUCUUGAAGCAUCAAGAGCUCAGUUGUCUGAAUUCAACUUUGCUUUGUCAAAUUUCAUGGAAAAUAUGAAUAGAGACAGUAAAGAUGACAUAAUGGACAUGAAUGAUUUUUAUAAUAAGAGUCAUAGCUCAGCUUUCCAUUAUCAAGGAGGAGAGAGAGAAGAUUAUGAGGAUCAAAAGCCUAAGAUUGAGGGGGAGUUUGACUUAAACAUUAAAGGUAGCAACAAUGAAAUGGUAUCUGCAGAUGGAGCUGAAAUGGAAUCCAAGAUGCUUUCAUAUAGGGUAUACAAUUUUUGACCUGUCUCAUGUUUAACCAUUGAACUGAAUAAUAUUAUUCUCAAUUUACUUCCCAAAAUAUUGUCCAUAAUUUUCUUCCCUCUCUUAUUGACCAAAGUUGCAUAUUAGGAUAACAUGUUAUCUCUCAUUUUCUAAAGGAAAGCUAUGGUCUUUGCUUGUUCCCAAUUUCUAUAUAUC